AAGUGCAGAGCAUAGAGAAAUGAGAGAAAACAACUUCUGGUAAUUUUCAUUUUCUAAAUGUCUAUAUUUACUUUAAAGCCAAAGCAUUCGGACCCAUUAUUCUUGCUUGUUACAGAUAUCUCAACCUCUAUAAAAGCUGUUGUUGUGCAUUAAACAUACAAUGGUCUGGUUUCAAAUGCUCUUCUGCUUAGUCAAAUUUUAUGAAGGAUUCAGAAUGAAAGAGUGAAGCUGAAUUUCAUGGGGCUGUAAUUUUCAUUCGUAUACACUCACUCACAGGGAUUUUUUUCGGAUUAGUUUUACACUAAGGCUCUGGACAAUAAGCAAAGUCACCAGUGGCUGAAAUCCCUAUUCAGGUCCAUUCUUUGAUACUGAUUUGAGAAAUAAAAGGAGGUAUUAACUUAAUCAAACAUACAAUGGUAUGGAUUCAAAUGCUGCUCAGUCAAAUUUCAUGAAGGAUUCAGAAUGAAAGAGUGAAGCUGAAUUUCAUGGGUUAUAAUGCUACAAAUGAGCAAAAUCACUAGUGGCUGAAAUCUCUCUUCAGGUCCAUUCUUUGAUAAUGUUUUGAGAAAAAUAGAAAGAGAGUCAUUUGGUGAAGAUGUUCUUCAAGAAUGCAAGGACCAUGCUCAACAAAACAGGGGAAAUCCAUGUUACCCACAAAGUAAGAAACCCCAAUAGCAAGUGGAAAUUAGUGGAACAAGCACAAAAAAGAGGGCUAGAUUUGAAAAAAUCUGUUGAGUCUCAUAUAGAAGAUUAUCCUGGCUACAUUAACAGAAGAGGAGCUAAACCGAAGAUGGGAAAGCCUUUCUUCCUGGCCAAGUGUUGUACUUAUAUGUUCAUUCUAGGAUCUGCCUUUCAUGAUUCUUUUCACAAGCAUUGUGAAGAGAGGAAAUCAGUAGCCAUGCCAAAGAUGUUGGAGAAGUUUAGUUCUAAAUCACAUCCAAACAGUCUUAAAGCUGUUGAUUUACAACUUGAAUCUAAAAAAAUACACAGAAAGGCAGCUGAAAGUGCAAGAGUAGAUUUGAAGGCUUCAUUCGUAGAUAAAGCCCUGGAUGAGAGGGAUGAAUUCAGAAGGCGUAGAGACAAUGCCCUUCACCAAAAGGACCAAGUUUGCACUUGCAGAGAGAAGGAAAAUAUUGCCAAACUAUUAGCUGAAGCUUUGAGAUUGAAAGAAGAUGCACUUAUGCAAAGAGAUUUGAGUAUUCUGGAGCUUGAAUCUGAAAGGAAAGCCAGAAUUGAUGCUGAAUCUGCAAGAGAUGAAACAUUAAAGGAAAGAGAUGAACUUAGAAGUAAAAAAGAUGAAGCUUUGCAAGAAAAGGCAAAGGUUACCAGACAAUUAGCUGAAGCUUUGAGAUUGAAAGAAGAUGCAGUAAAUCAAAGAGAUAUAAGCAUGUUGAACCUCAAAUUGGAAAGGCAGGCAAGAAAGGCUGCCGAGACUGCAGGCCUUAAAUUUGAAAGACAGGCAAGAAAGGCUGCUGAGACUGCAAAAGCAGAUACAGAGGAUUUACUUAAGCAGAUACAGAGAAUGGAAGCCAAGGAAAUAGAGAGUCUACAGAGACGAAGAGAUGAUGCCCUCUCUCAAAAGGCAAAUGCUUGCAUAGAAAAAGAAAAGAUUGCAAAACAAUUAGAUGAGGUGUUGAGAUUGGAAGCCAAGAAAAUAAAUACUCUACAGAGACAGAUAGAUGAUGCCCUCUGUCAAAAGGAAAAUGCUUGCAGGGAAAAAGCAGAGAUUGCAAAACAAUUAGAUGAGGCUUUGAGAUUGCAUGCAACUAACGAAAGAAUAAGGAUUCUAAGGGAACAAAAUGACCUUAACCCUAAGAACCGAAAGGAUCAGAUUGUUUCUUGGAUUGUUGUGGCUUGUGAAUUGAGUCUUUGUAUUACAUUUUUCACUGUUAUGUGUUUAAUCCUAAAACCUUAAAAAUGAGCUGUUCUGGUAUGUGGAGAUUUUAUAUAUUGUAAGGUUUGCGUU